UGCAUAGUAGAUUGUCUCCGACAAAAUGGCCGCUAGUGACGACACCGGAAAAGGCAGGUAUUUUCACUAUUGUUUCUUGCUAUCCGGAAGCGGCUCUUGUGUGCGUUUCAGCAUGGCGGCUGUGGAUAUCAGAGAUAACUUACUCAGCAUCUCCUGGGUUGACAGCUCCUGGAUCCCCAUAUUAAAUACCGGGACUGUCCUUGACUAUUUCUCGGAGAGGAGUAACCCGUUCUACGAUAGGACCUGCAAUAAUGAAGUUGUUAAAAUGCAGCGGUUAACUCUAGAUCAUCUAAAUCAAAUGGUUGGCGUGGAGUAUAUUUUGCUGCAUGCACAAGAGCCAAUAUUGUUCAUCAUAAGGAAGCAGCAGAGGCAGUCUCCUGCACAGGCUAUACCUCUGGCAGACUACUACAUCAUAGCAGGCGUGAUCUACCAGGCUCCAGACCUCGGAUCGGUCAUCAACUCUAGAACACUAACGGCAAUUCAUGGGAUCCAGUCGGCAUUCGAUGAGGCAAUGUCUUACUGUCGGUAUCAUCCCUCUAAAGGCUACUGGUGGCACUUUAAAGACCAAGAGGAAAGAGAUAAAGCUAAACCAAAAGCUAAAAAGAAGGAAGAAGCCAGCUCCUUUUUCCAGAGACAGAGGGUAGAUGCUUUACUUUUGGAACUUCGGCAAAAGUUUCCGCCUAAAUUUAUUCAACAAAAAUCUGGAGAGAAACCAGUACCUGUCGAGCAGAUAAAAAAAGAACCAGAGCAACCGGCCGAAACCAUAAAACAAGAAGAGAAGGAACCGGUUAAAGCUCCUCAGGGAACAAACCCAAAAGGUCCUCCAGAGAAGAGAAUGCGGCUGCAGUAGACUGAUCACAUUUUUAUUUCUAUUCCUGAGAACCCUUUAAAGGGAAUAGAAGGUUCCUGCUGUUAUAUGUGGACAUUGUAAAUAGCUUUAUACAUGCACCAUGGUUAUUAGCUAUAGAUGCUGACCCUGUUAGCUUGUAAAGGGAAUAUUUGUGUUAUGGUUCUGUGAGAAAGUGAAUGCAUUGCUUUUGUAAUUUUUAUUAUAUUAUGUGACUUAC